UCCCAGGUACCAGUGCAGGCAGCAGCAAGCCAGUCCCGGUACAUGACACUACUGGCUGCCAUUAUAUCUCUUGCCUUUGUGUUUUACAGAAGCGGCUGCCCAUUAAGCCCCCGUGCCGAGUUUCCAUGGCUCCGUUAUUCAGGAUCAUUAUCUGCUUGCUGGCAGCAGAGGUGUUUGCAGACCAAACUCCAGCCUUUGACCGAUCAGAAGUCCCAUCUGUGACCUGGCCAGACUGGAUGUCCUAUCUCCCUGAUUACCUCCCACUCUCCUCAUUAGCCAUCCCAGGCACCCAUGACACCAUGGCAUUUUAUGGAGGCAACCUUGCCGAGUGCCAGUGCUGGCGUCUACCCAACCAAUACAAAGCUGGAAUACGAUUUCUGGAUAUUCGCUGCCGCCAUUACCAAGACCGCCUGCCCAUCCACCACGGUAUUUCCUACCAGCGUACUGAUUUCCCAAUGGUUCUUAACGACACCGUAACCUUUUUGAUGGAACACCCAAUGGAGACCGUGAUGAUGAGGGUCAAGGAAGAGUACGACCCAUACCAGAACACAAGAAGCUUUUACAAGAGUGUAGACGAGGCUGUGAAACAGGUGGGAGAACAAUGGUUUCUGAGGACCACCAGGCUUCCCACCCUAGGAGAAGCCAGGGGCAAGAUAGUUAUAUUACAGGACUUCUCUGCUGGUGGAGAAGGUCCAGCCUUUGGCCCCCCAUAUCCAGGGUCCAUGAGCAUUUCUGACGCCUACCAAGUCAACGAUGAUGCUGUUAAAUGGACAGAGGUGUUGAGACACCUCAACGUUGCCCAAAAUGGGGACCCAGAGAGGCCGUUCCUUACCUACACCUCAGGGGUACACUGGCUUCUCUACCCGCCUGAGACCUUGGCUCGGAAGAUAAACCCUCGAGUAUAUGAGUAUCUGAAAGGGAAGGCAGUUGGGGCAAAAAGGUCGGUAGGAGUUGUAAUUAUGGACUUUCCAGGGGCCGAACUCGUCAGGGAGAUCAUCUUGGACAACUGGAAGUAACUACAGUUCUGGUUUAGAUGCUCUUUUAGCCGUAUGCUUUAGGGAAAAAAGGGAAAGUUAGACUACAUCAUGGCUGCAAAAGUCAAGGACUAAAACACAAGCAAAAAAAAUAAAUGUAACAUGAAAAUAAA